AUGCAGGCCACUGAUUUUCGGAAUUUUGCAUCAACCUACGCGUUAAACUUGCAUGGCAUGUGUGUCACUCUGCGAACUAGACCCCAAACCGGACCCCCAGGCAGAGAGCUCCCACAAGUCAUCCCUGCACAAGCUGGGGCGUCAACGUAUGAUCUCAUGACUUUUGAUACCAAGCGCCAUCCUCAAAUCCUGAAGCUCUCAGUCUAUCCCAUAGCUCUUCACCCGGCUCAACCGUUUUCUUCCUUCUUCCAAUUUACUCAACAAAGUGUGAUCCAGCUACCAGCAAGCUCGACAGCCCUCCACAGUCAGCAUAAGAAUCCAUCCAAGCUCCCCGAACACGGCUCCGACAGCCGAAGUGUCCAUCAAAUCAUGGCGGCCGCAGCAACGAGGCUCGUCGUCUGCGGCGGAAGCGGCUUCCUAGGCUCCCGCAUCUGCAAGUACGCUGUCGCCAGAGGGUGGGAAGUCACAUCAAUAAGUCGAUCAGGAGAGCCGAAAUGGGACUCGGUCACCUCCUCGCCUCUCCCACCGUCCUGGUCACACAAGGUCUCGUGGGAACGCGGCGACAUCCUCCGCCCCGCAACGUACGCGCCGCUGCUCAAGGGCGCAGACUGUGUCGUACACAGCAUGGGCAUCCUCCUCGAGGCAGACUACAAGGGCAUCGUCUCCGGGAAGGAGUCGCCGCUCACCGGCCUGCAAAAGAUGUUCUCCCCAGUUCGCGAGCGUGGCAUCAACCCGCUGGAUAGAAAGGCCGGUGAAGACAUCAAGCCGCCAAAUCCUACCGACCAGUUCUCCUACGAGGUCAUGAACCGCGACAGUGCCGUCGCGCUGGCUAAGCAUGCCGCGGCGGAGAAGGCCAGCGCCUUCUGCUACAUUUCCGCCGCUGGAGGUGCGCCCAUUAUGCCUCCGCGGUACAUCACCACCAAGAGACAGGCCGAAGUGGCCAUUGCGACUAAUUUCCCCGAGAUGCGUGGUGUCUUUGUGCGGCCACCAUUCAUGUAUGACAGCUCGCGCAAGAUCACCAUGGGUAUGGCUGCUAUGGCUGGCGCAGGCACACUGUUCACGAAAAUGACAGGAAACUACUUGAAAGAUUUCAUGGGUGCUGCUGGCACAAAACCGCUCCAGGUUGACACGGUUGCAGAGGCGGUUGUGGAGGCACUCAGUGAUGAGACAGUCAAGGGACCGGUCGAAGUUCCUCAGAUUGAGGAGCUAGCGAAUAAGGGAUGGCGGAAGAGUAUGUUGUAA